AUUGUUGGCAGCAUUGUAGUCAGGGAGGGGGUAAGGAUGACACCUGGACAGAGAGAAUAAAGGGCCCCAGCCACUCCAGAACAUCUCUACCCAGAGUGUGUUACCCUCUGCAGUGUCAUUCCUCCUGUGUCCCCUGUGUGUAGUCGUGCAUCUCGGUCCUCACAAUGGCGCCCAAGAAGAAGGAAGAGCCCAAAGAAGUACCCAAACCCAAGGCCCCAGAGCCUGAGCCAGUCAAGAUCCCGGAGUUUAACCCCACAGAAGUCGUGGUACAGAAAACUAAUAUUUUCACUUUGGUUUGCAGGAAGAAGGAAAUAGGGAAAAUAUGAUGAGCUUUGGAUGUGGGUGUUGGAUGUGGGUGUUGGAUGGGGGAAACAUCAAUAUGACAAUGUUUUUUUAAAUUAUUUGUUGUCUUCGAAUGAUUUGUUUAUUAGGGAUUUAUUCAAGAUUAAGAAGGUGUGUUAAUCAUGUAUUUAUUAGAUGCUAAAAUCGUAACUGGGCUAUCAUACGGCACAUCAUUUUUCUAUCAUAUGGGUGAGGUUCCAUUAUUUUUGUGCUCAUCAAAUUGAUAAGAAAAAUGUAAUACUCUUUAUCUCAACAUCAAGCCAUCUAUCCACUUGAGGGAAAAACUGACCUUUCAAGGAGAUGGAAAUAACAGUUUGGUCUUCCAUUGAUAGUCAUCUGUCUUUUUCAAGAACAUUAGAGACACCAUGUGACGUGAACAGUGCAGUGCAUGCAAAUAGGAGUCCUACAGUUCAGCAGUUUGGACAUGGUUUGAUUAAAGGUCCAAUGCAGCCGUUUUUAAGUCAAUAUCAAAUAAUUUCUGGGUAACAAUUAAGUACCUUACUAACCACGUUUCCAUCCACAGUUUGUAUGCGAAUAAAGUCAUACCAUAUAUAAAAGCAAGUCACAACAGCUGUGAUGGAAACAGAUAGUUUCGGUACAAUUCUGUAAAUGCAGACAGAUAAUUUGUUCAUAUUGAAGUAAACUUGGAGUCACGCAAUGAUUUUCCUCCUACUAUGAUUCGGGAAACCAUGCAGUUUUUUAGGCUACAGAUUAAAUAAAUUAAGAUGAACUUCACAGGGUGGUGAAAGUGCAUGGUAAUGAGCUUGAUGCUCCUUUUCAACAAAUAGCGAGGGUAUUAUUCUGGUGACAUGAUGAUUGAUGCUUGACUGCCGUUUGACAAAUAAACAUAUUCUCGUUCUUAUCCAUAAUAACCUUAUCAUGUAGACCACCCUACUCGCUCAGCCUAUAUCUGUGAACUGUUGGCUAAAGCGCAUGUGCAAAGACCAGAGCAGGCAAAUUCUUUCUUUUUUUUGUGACAAAACUAUCGGUGGAGUUGAACAUGUGAUGGAAACACAUUGAACUUUAGAUUUGUAUUCGGUACAUGAAAACGUAAGCAAAAAAUAAUAUUGUUUGCAUUACAUCAUCACUCACUGACUUUUAUCCGCAACAAGUCAGUUUGGUGGAAACACACCACUGGAGGGAAAAGGCGCAUAUUUUGGAAUAUUCGCAUGAAGAUCUGUCACCGGCCUCCCGAGUGGCGCAGUAGUUGAAGGCACUGCAUCGCAGCGCUAGAGGCGUCACUACAGAUCCAGGUUCAAUCCCGGGCUGUGCCGCAGCCGGCCGUGACCGGGAGACCCAUGAGGCGGUGCACAAUCGGCCCAGCGUCGGCCGGAUUAGGGGAGGGUUUAGCCGGCUGGGAUGUCCUUGUCCCAUUGCACUCCAAGCUGUACGGUGCUUCCUCCAUUAUCACAAUUUCACAGUAUUAUUCCAACCUCAUAUUGUGGAAAUAUAUAUAAAAUCACAUUUUUGAAUGCACUGGUCCUUUAAAGAUAAGAUAAUACCAGUAGCAUGACGGAUUUAAGAGCAACAAUGAUCAUUAACAUGACAUGCAAAUAUCUACAUGCAUUUCAAGACCUUUACAGAGUAUCUUCAUACUAUUAUUUACCAUUACAAGUCACAUUAUUUUGUACAUAAGCAACAGUAGCUUGAACUUGAUGGAGUUUAAAGUUGGUAGAAUAUUGGCUUAUACAAGACAAAGUUUGGGUCUUGCUGACUCUGCCUCUUCUAUAUAGGUACAUGUUUUUCAUGGUUGAGGGAACAGCUGUAUAAUGUAGUGAGGUUAAAGCCACACAAUGUGAUUUUAAUUAUAGCCAUGCAUAGCAGACCACCCAAAUAGGAAUGCCUUAUUUGUGCAUAAAAAUAAGAAAAAAGUGCAAAGAUAAAUACAUAUAUUUCUAACCAAGGCCAUGUAUUUUAAAACAUGCUAAAGUUAGGGGUUUGAAAAUAUUGUUGCACAAAUCCAACAUACACAAUAGGAAAACCGUCAAGAGAGGUUACGAUUGUGAACAUGUGUAAGAGGAACGUUCCUUUCCUAUCCUCAUUACAUGAAGGAUUUCAAAUGAAUAUAAAUAGGAUUUUAAUACAAUUUUAGGUUAGACCUUUGACGUUUUUCAGAUAACCUGAAAGGUUGGUGAAGCACAAUUACAUUUUCAUGUCCUUCUCCUCCUAUUCUCCACCAUUUCCCGUUCACUUUACAUUAAGGUUUGUACAGAGUAACUUAAGUGACUUAACCCUGACCUCCUUCAUCAGCAGUAAAAUGCUGACCCUAUUAAUACUGCACUUCUUCUCUGUGCUGGUGAAGUGUCAUUUAAUAAUUUACAUGACACGUGUAACCUCCAUCCUACACAUCAUCUUGUGUUAGGACAACAGAGACGGUGUCAAACGUAGACAGUAAAAGCAGUCGGUCAAAUACAUGUGCCAGUCAGCAGGAGGCAUGUGUGAGAAGGAUGUGCCUGAUUGGUCAGCCAUCAAUCGACACUAACCAAGCCCUGGCUUUAGAUGCCUGGAAUAAGUAGAGUGUAACUGGAGCCUGAUGAAUCUCUAUAGUGUUUGGACACCUGAUAGUGUGGGCAGCAUAAUAGGGUGUGUGGGUGGGAUACUACUACCAUCAAGGCCAAAGAGUCAUGCCUUAUGUAUUUGACUUCAGUUUUAUAAAGUCAUUUUCACUGUUGCUCACAACAUGCAGUUAACUAUGUUGUUGGCCAUUUUAAGUCACUACUUUAUGUCCACGUCCUGAACCAAAUUGUUUAUUUUGUUUUUCCUUUCAGCUUGAAUUCACUCCUGAGCAGAUUGAGGGUAAGAUUGAGAUUGUAGUUACAGUUGUGACUUGGAAUGGUACACUUAUUAUAACAGAGGUUGUUUUGGGGUUGCAUUUUAGUAUUUUAGUAUUUUCGAACAUGAGAAUACCAAGAAGUGCCUUAUACAGUUGAGAUGACUAAUUGGAGACUGUUGGCAUUUGAUAGGCUGAGAGUUUGUUCUCUAGUCAUUAGCAAAUUAAAUUGAUGGUUUGUGGAAGUGUUCUGAGUGCAACAAUAUCAACUUACAUCAAUUUACAAUGUUGUGUGACCGAUGACAACAAUGAUAACAUUUAUCCAUCGACAGUAUUGUUUUUAAGUGGUCAGAUGUACAUGAAAGUGCAAGAAAUACAGUGGCUUGCAAAAGUAUUCACCCCCUUUGGCAUUUUUCCUAUUUUGUUGCCUCACAACCUGGAAUUAAAAUAAAUUGUUUGGGGGUUUGUAUCAUUUGAUUUACACAACAUGCCUACCACUUUGAAGAUGCAAAAAUAUUUUUUAUUGAAACAAACAAGAAAACUUGAGCAUGCAUAACUAUUCACCCCCCCAAAGUCAAUACUUUGUAGAGACACCUUUUGCAGCAAUUACAGCUGCAAGUCUCUUGGGGUAUGUCUCUAUAAGCUUGGCACAUCUAGCCACUGGGAUUUUUGCCCAUUCUUCAAGGCAAAACUGCUCCAGCUCCUUCAAGUUGGAUGGGUUCCGCUGGUGUACAGCAAACUUUAAGUCAUACCACAGAUUCUCAAUUGGAUUGAGGUCUGGGCUUUGACUAGGCCAUUCCAAGACAUUUAAAUGUUUCCCCUUAAACCACUCAAGUGUUGCUUUAGCAGCAUGCUUAGGUUCAUUGUCCUGCUGGAAGGUGAACAUCCGUCCCAGUCUGAAAUCUCUGGAAGACUGAAAGAGGUUUCCCUCAAGCAUUUCCCUGAAUUUAGCGCCAUCCAUCAUUCCUUCAAUCUGACCAGUUUCCCAGUCCCUGCCGAUGAAAAACAUCCCCACAGCAUGAUGCUGCCACCACCAUGCUUCACUGUGGGGAUGGUGUUCUCGGGGUGUUGAGAGGUGUUGGGUUUGCGCCAGACAUAGCGUUUUCCUUGAUGGCCAAAAAGCUCAAUUUUAGUCCCAUCUCACCAGAGUACCUUCUUCCAUAUGUUUGGAGAGUCUCCCACAUGCCUUUUGGCGAACACCAAACGUGUUUGCUUAUUUUUUUUCUUUAAGCAAUGGCUUUUUUCUGCCCACUCUUCCGUAAAGGCCAGCUCUGUGGAGUGUACGGCUUUAAGUGGUCCUAUGGACAGAUACUCCAAUCUCCGCUGUGGAGCUUUGCAGCUCCUUCAAGGUUAUCUUUGGUCUCUUUGUUGCCUCUCUGAUUAAUGCCCUCCGUGCCUGGUCCGUGAGAUUUGGUGGGCGGCCCUCUCUUGGCAGGUUUGUUGUGGUGCCAUAUUCUUUCCAUGUUUUUAUAAUGGAUUAAAUGGUGCUCCGUGGGAUGUUCAAAGUUUCUUAUAUUUUUUUAUAACCCAACCCUGAUCUGUACUUCUCCACAACUUUGUCCCUGACCUGUUUGGAGAGCUCCUUGGUCUUCAUGGUGCCGCUUGCUUGGUGGUGCCCCUUGCUUAUUGGUGUUGCAGACUCUGGGGCCUUUCAGAACAGGUGUAUAUAUACUGAGAUCAUGUGACAGAUCAUGUGACACUUAGAUUGCACACAGGUGGACUUUAUUUAACUAAUUAUGUGACUUCUGAAGGUAAUUGGUUGCACCAGAUCUUAUUUAGGGGCUUCAUAGCAAAGGGGGUGAAUACAUAUGCACGCACCACUUUUCCGUUAUUUAUUUUUUAGAAUUUUUUGAAACAAGUAAUUUUUUUCAUUUCACUUCACCAAUUUGGACUAUUUUGUGUAUGUCCAUUACAUGAAAUUCUAAUAAAAAACAAUUUAAAUUAUGGGUUGUAAUGCAACAAAAUAGGAAAAAUGCCAAGGGGGAUGAAUACUUUUGCAAGGCACUGUAGGUCCUUGUAGCUCAGUUAUAAUAAUAAUAAUAAUAUGCCAUUUAGCAGACGCUUUUAUCCAAAGCGACUUACAGUCAUGCGUGCAUACAUUUUUGUGUAUGGGUGGUCCCGGGGAUCGAACCCACUACCUUGGCGUUACAAGCGCCGUGCUCUACCAGUUGAGCUACAGAGGACCGCAUGGUGCUUAUAAUGCCAGGGUAUAGGGUUUGAUUACCAGGACCACCCAUAUGUAAAAUGUAUGCACACAUGACUGUAAUUUGCUUUGGAUAAAAGUGUCUGCUAAAUGGCUUAUAUUACGUACAGAAAAAAGUUAUCUAUUGAAAGCAGGAGGCAAUCACCCUUUGAUUUCCUCACCAUUUCAAUAAGUGGUGGCACACUGUUAGCAUACCACAGAUUGUGGCAUUUCCAGCCUCUCCUCAAAAUGAGAUCUGCAUGCAGAGAGACCUGCCUGCUUUUAGGGCCCUGCCAAACACUCACUGCACUCAGAAAGCUAAGCUGAAUAGAAUUUAGACACACAAUGACACCUUCGUGUUGCUCUCUCCACAGAUUUCAAGGAUGCUUUCCAGCUGUUCGACAGGACACCACUCAAUGAGAUGAAGAUCACAUAUGGACAGUGUGGCGAUGUGAUCAGGGCACUGGGGCAGAACCCCACCAAUGCUGAAAUCAUGUACGUCCUUGGAAAGCCCAAGGCUGAGGGUAAGUCUAUGCAACAUUCUAUGAUCAGUAAAAAAAAAAAUAUUUUUCUAAAAUAAAAUAAAAGUUUGCUGAUCAGUUUGCUUUCUUUGAUGUUUCAUCAAUAAGCUUUUAACAUUUAGCUAUUAUUACUUUUUAUAUUUGAAAUCUAAUAGAGGUAAUCAUAUAUUUAAUAUGUAUUAUUUUAAUUCAAUCUAAGUCAAUGUUAUACAUUUCUAUCCCCUGUAUUGGUAGUAGUGUGGAUGGUUUCAAUGAUAUUUGAUUUUGUUGUUUCAUACACAGAGAUGGCGACAAAGAUGCUGGACUUCGACAGCUUCCUGCCAAUCCACCAACACAUCUGCAAAGCCAAGGACCGCGGCACAUAUGAGGACUUUGUUGAGGGUCUGAGGGUGUUCGACAAACUGGGCGACGGCACAGUCAUGGGCGCUGAGCUCAGGCACGUCCUGGCUUCACUGGGUGAGUCCAAGGCCUCAGACAUCUUUAACAUACAUCAUACAAUAAUACAGACAAAAAUAGUUUGACCUAGCCUGGUCCCAUAAUGUAUGUGCUGUAACCAACUCUAGAAGAGUUGGCUACAGCACGUACAUUAUGGGACCAGGCUAAAGUAGGCUAUAAAGGUUUUAGGGCAGACUCAAUUUCAAUGGUAUUAGAAAAGGGAAUUUAACAGUAUUGGUUGUAGGUGAGAAAAUGAAGGAGGAUGAGGUUGAGCAGCUCAUGACAAACCAGGAGGACGCCAACGGCUGUGUAAACUACGAAGGUAAGAAAUUAUACCCUCUUUUUGCUAUAGUUGACUAAACAUUCCAAAACAUAGCUUUUAAAUCGAUCAAGAUUUCUGUAUGUAAUUCCCUUGUCUGUUUUUCCUCACAGCUUUUGUAAAACACGUCAUGGCAUCUUAAAAAGGCUGCCGAGACACCCGAUAGUUGAAGACAGGUGAUUGUUCAUAUGUUUAUGUAAAGUCCACCACAUGUCCCUGAUCCCAUGUGCUCAUCUCAUGUGCUCAUCCCUAUGUGCCCAAUUGGAUUUCUAUUCCAUCACAUGACAGGACCGACUAACUUCAACUAACUGUUCAUUGUUUUCUAUCGUUCCCCUUCUUGUUGACUCAAGUAACAAAUGUUAUUGUACAUCCCCACUGUUCAUUUGUGGAUCAAAACUUGUAAUUAAACAGAGUGAUUCAUUAUUACAGUAUUUUGCAAUACUUUAAUUCCGAAUUUUACCUACCGUAACUGAUUAUUUUCCUUGCCAUGUGACAGUAUACUGUAUUGCGGUCUAAGGUCAAUGCUCCCUCAUGUAGCCUACAUCCAAUAGAGGGUCUAACUAAUAUACUUUACCAAACAAUCAGCUCACAGUGAUAAAUGAAAAGAAACUGCAAAAAAAAUUACAGAAAAGGAACAGGCAAACUCCAUACGGAGGUCCUUCAUAUUCUUACAUCAAAAAUGACAAUUCUUCUUACUGCAUCAAGUUAAGCUUUAUGAACAAUCUUCAGAAAUAUACAAAGGGAGUCUUUAGAGGUGGACUCAGUUUGACAUCCAUAUUCUGUAAUGUAAUAUAUUUAAUUCACACACAGUCAGAAGCCAUUGUAGUCUCUCUAUCACAUACAUUCACAUUCCAGGCAGACACUAUGUUUAAUGAAUCAUGUGGCCACGAAGUGAAGUCUCUGUUCUUCCACUGUCUGGUCUGUCAAGACAUCUUUGCAUGCUUCACUUAAGUCAAUUUCACUUGAAAGGAAUGACUCCACUUAAGGUUCUAGCAAA